AUGUCUAUAUUCAACUAUCUGCUCAACACAAGAAUACCAAAAAAGGCCAUAGAACAGAUCUUGCGUCUUUUCAAAAAUGGUCCGCUGACCCCUCCUUUAUCUGCACGGAAAACUAACAUCAUCAAGGCCCCAACUGAAGCCCUAUAUCUCGACAACUCCUCGCUGCACACAACCACAACGCAGCUCAUCUCCUGCCAGCCCGUCUCAAGCCUAGACGAGAAGACCAAGCGCUUAGCAAAGAACAUCGCAGCCGAAGACUUUGCCGUCGUAACCCAGCAAACAAUUUUCUAUGCACAGGGCGGCGGACAGGCAAGCGAUACGGGGUUCAUCGUCCGCGAAACACAACGAGGUCAAAGUCAAGACCAAGAUGACAGAUUCGAAGUUCUCCUCGUCCGAAAAAACCUCGACGGGAUGAUCAUCCACUUUGGCCGGUUCCUCGCUGCAGAAAGACAAGUCAGUCAGCCUUCAUCAUCUUUCUUCUCGCCUGACCAAACUGUAUCCCUGAGCAUCGACCGCGCGAAACGGAACUACCAUUCGCGUCUCCAUACAGCAGGCCAUAUUCUUGGCCUCGCGAUGCACCAGCUAGAACCGAUCCUCGGUCGCCGGCAAGAACUCAAAGCAAACCAUUUCCCGGGCGAAGCGUCGCUUGAAUUCGAGGGCCUCUUGUACAACGAUAAACACAAAUCGCUUAUCCAGGAGAAAGUCGACGAAAUUGUUGCGCAGGCUCUGCCUGUGAAAUGUUCGUGGUGGGAUCCUGCCCAGGUGGAAGCAAAAAAGGAAGAACUGAGAUUGGUUGAGGGACGGCUGGAGGAGGUAGGUGCGAUGGGGAGGGUGAGGGUUGCGGAGAUUGCGGAUCUGGAUGCGAGUCCGUGUGGAGGGACGCAUGUGGAGAGUACGGCCUUGACUGGGAGGAUUACGAUAAGGAAGAUUUCAAGGGUUAAGGGCGGGAGUCGGGUUUCGUAUGAGGUGCCUGUUGAUUUUGACUUUUAG